AAUGGCUUGAUAUGUCAUAAAUGGCCGAUGAUGCUUGUUGUUUACGAAAUCAAUCUGCCAAACCCUGAACAAAUGCAGCCAUAAGUAUUUGCAAUAUCAUGACAAGUGUAGGUUUGACAUUUGUACACAAUCCUGAUACCAUGCUAAGUGCCUUUCAGUCUCAGAGUCCCAUUGCGACGUUAGCUAUGCAGAAAGAUAGAGCAAGCAGCAGAGAAAAAGAAGGGAUUCACAGUGGGCAUUUCAUGGUGAGCAGGAUUCAUGGAGACACAUCUGGAGACUACCUCUCUGACGAAGAGCAGGAGCUCGACAAGGGAAUUGAUCAAGACUCGGGCAAGGAUAGCGGUUUUAACUUCAAGCAGGCUAGUCAAAACACCUGCAAAGAAUACAAGUUUGGGAACCGCACUACUCAAACCCUUGCAAUCGAUGAAUCGUUGUCAAAUUUAUUUAGGCACCUGACACUUGCAUACAGUGGAAAAAUCACCUCACCAAAAUGGAAGCAGUUUCGUGGAAUGCAUAUGAACGUGAAAGAUAAGAUUCGAGUGAACAACAUCAUUUGGAGAGAGUGGCAUCUGCAGUAUGUAUUUGGAAACCACCCCAGAGUAUGCCAGUUCGCCACGCCACUGCAGUUUGCACACACCAAACCAGAGGCAGCAGUGGUUGAGGGUUACUACUGGAAGCGUCGGCUGGACACGAUCGCCAACGAGUACAAGCGAUGGAGGAAGUUCUACAAGCACAAGCACAUACGCGAGGCUUCGCAGUCCAUGGAGAUCUCCAUUGAUGACACUAACCAGUUACUGGAGCGUGUAGGUGAGAUGAAGGAACUGUCUAGUUUCCCGCGGCAACAGCAGACGUCGCGCACCGAUCUUCUACUCAACUCAAACGAUGUCCAGGAGAUGAUGGACCUCUCUGAGAGUCUCUUCUCUAACCUCAAACAGCCCUUUGACUUCCCAAACCCACGAGAACUUGCUGGGUAUGGUUACGGAGACUUUAUUCAGCCGAGUCUCCUGCAGUUCCAGCCCUCCAACCUUGAUGACAUCAUGGACUUCGAUCAACUACAAGCAGAUUUGUGGCCUACUUCCAAGUCAAUUUCAUCUGAUAAUGCUUCUGCUACAGACACGUCACAGGGUGGUCCCGUGCUUCAUGUGCCUCACAUGGACUUUGAAAUGGGUGGGUCUCCCCUGAACCUUCCAGCCUCCCCUGGGAUGAUUCUAUCCCCUUCGACCCCACCAAUCCAAAGCCCUCACAUGUUUGACAGCCCCUCGGCGACGCCCUCCCCUGGCCACCCCCACUCACCUAUGAACAUUAUGGAGACAGACUUCAUCAUGAACCACCUCCAGCAGCUGCAGCAGCAGACAAAACUGGAUCAGCAGAAAAAGGAGCAAGAACAAAAGAUGCAACAAAAUCUGCUGCAGCAACAACGGCUUGCUGAGCAGCAGAAGCAACAGCAGCAGCAACAGCAGGAAUUACAGCAACAGAAGAAGAAACUGGAGCAACAAGAACAGAUAAUGGCUCUGCUGCAAAACAAUGACGCACUGAAGACACUGUUGAUAACCUCUGGCCAUUCAGCACUGCUUGAGCAGUUUACACUGGACUUACAGCAACAGGUUCAGCCACAACAACAGCAGCAGCCACAACAACAGCAGCAGCAGCGGCAACAACAACAACUUCAACAACAGCAGCAACAACAAGUUGUGCAACUACAGCCCCAACAGAUUUCUGUGCCGGUUCAACAACUACAGACUACAUCGCAGUCAAGUUUGCUGCGUCACUUAAUGAACAAAAACUUGGUAAAUGGUGCACAAGUGACGUUACCACAGACACAGAACACCACCAUCAAGCCAAAGUCAAAUAUUAAAGUGAAAACAACAAGUAUUCUGGAGGCAUUAAAUAGAGAUGAGAGCCAGACAAAGAAGCGGAUGAUGUCUCAUCAAACACAGACAGGAAAGACUGUACAGGGGAAGAAAGACCUAGCAGGAUUCAUCAUUCCGCAGGGCCCCCCAAGGCGACAGCGACCUCUGCAACCGAGCCCAACCAACACGGCCAGUCAGCAGCAGAGUAGCAGUAACUCCUUCCUUGCCCAGCUCCUUACAACAGGAACAUACCCGGGUGCCAUAGUGGGCAAGGAUGAUGGAGCGUCAAGGAUCCUGAGCCAGCUACAGGCCGUCAGUCAGCCACAAACCAUACCUCAAUCACAGCCACAAACCAUAAAUAUGUCAGAUUUCUCUACUAGUAUCCUGCUGGCAGCAGUGAACCGUGCAAUUGGUCCUAAUCAGGUCUCCUCCUCACAAGUUUUCCAGACAGUCAGCAAGCAAGGUGCGGUGAGCCCCAUGGCAGGUAUUAUGGUUUCGAGCCCAGUGAAGGUGGAGUCAUUAACGCCUACCCCGUCUCCCUCUGCCAGCCCGGUCCCGUCCAGCACCUUCAACUUCACUGCCAUGUCCAGCCCCUCCUCAAACAACUCCUCAUUUGACGAUGGCUUUACCCUGAAAAGUCCAGAAGCGCUAUAUGCAGACCUUGAGAAAACAGAGUUACAGUCUGAGGCCCAUCUGACAGCAGAGAAGAAACGCAGAACUAACAUUAAGACGCCAGGCCAAAUCCAAAAGUCUGGGUUUGACCUUCUGCACACCCUAAUCCCGUCCCUAAGACAGAACCCCAACGCCAAGGUUAGCAAGGCUGCCAUGCUGCUGAAAACUGCGGAGUACUGUAAGAAGCUGAAGGCUGAGCGGAGUCAGAUGCAGAAGGAGGCAGACAUCCUCAAGCAGGAGAUCAACUCUCUCAACCAUGCCAUAAGUGUUUGCCAGUCUCAGUUGCCAGCCACAGGUGUGCCAGUGACACGCCAGCGAGCUGACCAGAUGCGGGAAAUGUUUGAUGAAUAUGUGAAAAUGCGCACCCUUACAAACUGGAAGUUCUGGAUUUUUUCGUUGAUAAUUGACAAGUUGUUUGAGUCAUUCAACACAAUGGUGUCGACAGCCAGUAUGGAUGAGCUGUGUCGCACUGUCCUUGCCUGGCUGGACCAACAUUGCUCCCUGCCUUCCCUCAGACCCAUUGUCUCGGAUGCGAUGCGUCAUCUAAGUACUUCGACCAGCAUCCUGAAUGACCCGUCCCGUGUUCCCGAGCAGGCGGCGCAGGCCGUCAUAAAACGACAAAAACACAUGAGUGGGGACGCAGGCACCUGAUAGUUCCUGAGGGCAAACACGGCCACUUGUAAUAGCAUGUCCUGUGAUAAUGGGGCAUGUGUUAUCUUAAAUUCCUGAUGUGGAAUCGACUGUCAUAUGUGACAAUCAUCUGUGGAGUGUAUUGGAGGAUGUGGUGGGAUGUACAUUAAGGCCACAUGCGCUACACUGUCAGGCUAUUGCGGAGCCUUGUAAACCAAUGCAAUGUGAACUCACAGCCAUUUUGUACAUGUCAUGAUGUGUAUUCUCACUUCAAAGUGAACUGUACAUUAUACUGUUUUGAUGAUGGAUGCAAUAUUUGCAUAAGUUUAGUCAUGAUUACUGUCUUACUCAACAUUCAAGUCGUAAAUGAAAUCAAAGAAGAGAAUGGAAACUUCAAUUACCACAGUACUUAAUAGGGCAAUUAUAGUCAGGGAUAUACUAAUAUAUAAUUUGGUCAGAAAAUUAAAUUAUUUCCAGUGUUGAGGUUUUGGAAUUUUGAUGUUUGAAUUUGCAGCAUUAUGUAAAUGCCUUAAAAUUGUUUUACUAAGAUGUAUCCAGCUUUAAUUUUAUUUAAUGUGCUCAAAUAGUGUGAUUUUGAUUGUAAAUAGGUUAGAUAGCGCUGUUUCAGCCACUAGAUUCAUAUUGUGAUAUGUUUGUAUUGAUAGUUAUUGACAAGUUUCAGAGUUGUUUAGUUUCAACAUGUAGCCUCACAGCAUGGCAGUUUAUGGGAGGGGAAGGGUAAAGAAUGAUUAUAUGCCAUUAUCAGUAUACCCCCAGAUAUAGGAGUUGUAUUCAUGGCGUUGAGUCUCAUAUUAUCCCAGACAUCCUGUAUUGUGCACAUGAAAGGUAUGCAUGAGUCAGCAUGGGUUGUUGAAGACCUGCUACUUCUGUCACAUUUAAUUCAGGCUAACAAGAGUUAUGGCCCUUCACUUGGUAAAAAUGGUCUAAAUAAUCUUGUCACGCAUGUAGCUCUAAUGAUUUUUCAUCGAAACUCAUGAAUGUUUGUCACCACAGGAUUUUGUGCACCUCCUAUCUUAGUGACAUUUCACAUUGUCUAAACAAAAGUUAUGUUCCUUGAAUUGGUAAAAUUGGUCAGAAAAAUAUUGUGUCGCAUGUAGCACCAAAAACAUUGCAGCUACACUCAUGAAACUGCAAUGGAAUAAACUUCUCCAGAAUGUUGGUCAGCAUGGGAAAUUGUGCACCUGCAUUUUUUUCAACCGAUCAUUUUGUUGUGCAAGAAUUAUGUCCCUUCACAAAUUAAAAAUUUGUAAAGAAAAUUUUGUGUAGCAUGUACUUUCAAAAGUAUUCCACCUACACACAUGAAACUUCAUAGAAAUGGUGAUAAGCAUAGGCUGUUGUUUAACUGCCAUUUCUUUCACAUUUUGUUCCUUAAUUUAACUGCUGGACACUUGACCACUUCUCUGUCCAGGCAGUAUCUGGGGGUAUCCAUCACAACUGUGAUAGCUCUAGGUGUAGUUGUAAUCAGUGUCAUGGAAAAUCUUUAAUGUUGGCCAUAGCAAAGUGGGUGUUCAAUGUGUUCCCAUGUGUCUUGGUAUAGAUUUCAGUAAUGACAAUACAUGUUGAUAUAAACUAAUAAUCCCGCAAGAACUAUUAUUUUAACUAAGGCAAGAGUUUUUUAUAUGUUUUUAAUCUGACUGUUUAUUAUCUGUUUUCCAAAGAAAGAGGAAAAAAGAAAAAUGAUAGUGUUGUGUUUUAUUUUAAAUAUAUAUUAUCAUCAAUGGAAAAAAAAUCAUUAUGUCUAAUUCUGUACAUGUUGAAUAAGUAACGAAAAAUAAAAAAACUCACCUUUUCAAAAUUGUUAAAUGCAGAUCAUUUUCAAAUAUUUCACAGGUUUGCUUGUCAGAGGUUACAUGAGUAUUUUUUUCGGAGGCAUAUUUAAGUCCAUGAAGGGAUUCUGAAUAUCUUGACUUGUUAUCAGAUUCACUUCUUUUCAUUCUAAAACAACAAAAGACAUAGAUAUGAAUAUCUUGCCCCAAUAACUCAUCUGAUCUGAACUCGUGUAACCACAUAACAUUAAAAGUGAUUAUUUAAUCAUGUUCCAUUUUACCAUAUUUAAAAUCGCACCCUCUCUUAGAAUAUGAGAAUGACUUCGGUCAAUAUCUUUAAGAAAAAUAAUCUUUAGCCAAAAAAUAAUUGAGUACAACUUAUUGUUUUUAAACAUAUACUGAAGAAUUUGUUUUACUCCUGAGAUAUUUUUAUGUGGAUUAUUGGCAAAAGGUUUUUAUCAACUAAUUCUAUGAGAAAAUACGCUUUUAAAACUGUACAAGAUUUUGAAUCAGACUAUGCUCUUACAUGUUUACCAGUAAAUGAUAUUGGGGCCUGAUAUUCUUGGUAUUUGUUCAUUUUUUAGUUGCAGUAUUAUAUAACAUUCUAUAGUCACUGUUCAGUAGAUAAAAUAACUUUGUAUGAGUAAAGGAAUAUAUUUGUAAUUGUUGUAAACAAUGUUAGAGCAUUGUAAUUUCUAUCAUUGAAGGAUCUAUUAUGAGUUACAUAUUUUAUGUGUUGGUUUUGUAAAGCGCAAUUUCUUCUCAUGUUGGUUAAUUGACUUUUGUAAACUUCGAAAUUGAGUGAAUAUUUGUUACAUUUUCUCUGGGUAAAUAUUUUUUGGGGUAAGUUAUUGUAUCUUCUGACUUUAAGCAGGACUUUUCGAAGAAUAAGGAGUGCUAUUCAACUCGCCCUGGCGUCAAGUUCAGAUUUUUUGUUAGCUAUUUGGGUUUUUUAGUGAUUAGUCAUAUCUCAAAAACAAUUCAUUCCAUUGACUUAAUACUUUUAAAGUGUUCAGGGCCAUCAAGAAAUUAAGAAAGACCGAUCUUUUUGUCCUUCAUUUCAAAUAAUGCCCCCGGAUUGACUUGGAAAGUUUGGUUUUAAGAUUUUCAACAUGUCAUAUCUCAACAAUCGGUUAUGAAUCUGACAUUAUACAUGUAUAGUCACCAUGAACAAGAUCAGGGCCAUUCCACAUUUAAGUUACAUAGCUCAUAUCGACCCUCAAUAUGAGUAUUGGCCACUGAUGAUAACAAUUUGGCAAAAACUUCCAUGAAAUGACAUUAUAUUUUGCUGUAGUGUGUAAUGCCAUACAAGUUAUGGCCCUUGUUUGUCUCCUAUCAUUUGGUAGAAGACUUUCAGAAAGUCAGGAUUUUUUGGUAAUAUUUCAAAAAUUGUUUAUGCAACUGAAAUAUACCUUAAUGUUCAAGGCCAUCAGACAUUUAAGUUUUAUAAUGUUUUAUUAUCCUCAAUACAAGUUGUGGCCUCUUUUUCUACUUGGGUUACAGUGUUUUUGGCAAGUUUUGGUCAUAUGUGAAAAAAUGUUAAUGCAAUUAGUUUGAUACAUUGAUUCCAAAUACAAGUUAUUGCCUUAAUCAGAAAAUGCAUUAGCUGUUGGAUAAUGCCUAUCAACCUCACUAAGAUUAUAGCCUUUGUUUCACUUGGAAUAUUUGUUCAAGUUAAGUGUAUAGCCCUUGUUUGGCUUAGAAAAUUGUUACAAUUAAGUUUAUAGCCCUUUAUAGAAAGUUUGGUUAAAGUUAAAAUGUGUUUGCUUACAUGGUGUUUGAAGAUUUCUUGCAAAAUUUCCAAAUGCUGAGUAAUCAGUUAUAUACCUCAUUGACAAAGUGGCUUAAUAGUCAGACAACUCCUGUUUAGCGGUAUGUUUCAAGAAGGCAAACCCUUGAGGUAUUGUCAUAGUGCUGCUGUCACUAACAAAACUUUAGCCUUUGUUCAUAAUUCAAAAAGUAUUGAAGAUAUUCACAUAUGAACAUGUGUUCAAAAUGACAAUACACAUAUAUCCAGCAACGCCUUUCACUUUGCCUGAAGUUAUUGUUUAGUCAUACCCCUUGUUCAGUUAUGGAAAAACAGAUGGGAGAUAAGUGCAGAUUAAGGUGCUCUUGUUUGACCUGUCAAAUAAAUUACAUUUUAAAUCCUUAAUUACGCACUGUAAUGCAUUUUGCUCAGGUAAUGUACAGUGAGGAAGGAUUCUAUAAAUCCUUCAGCUUUUUUAUUUUAAUCCAGAACUUUAUUCCUGUAGCUUAGUUUGAAAUAUUUAUGAUGUAUUUUGUGUUUGAUUCGCUGUGUAGCGUCAGUAACAUGAUCUCAACUCUCAAUUGUUUGAAUAUCAUUUGUCAGUCAUUCUAUAACGGUAAUUUUCGAUAUAUGCAAAUGUAUUUAAUUUUUUAGAAUACAAUGCAUUACUUAAGAAAUGUGAUUUAACCAUUUCCUGACAGUUAAACUAAGAAAUAGCACAUUUAAAUUUAACUGUAAUUGAUGAAAAGGUAUAUAAAAAGUUUCAUUUCUGGUAAUGACAUGUAAGGAUUUCAUAAUAAAUCAGUUAUGUGAUUGUGGGCGAUUUGUUCAGAACUUUUAUGAAAGUUAACUAUAUGGUUUAACCGUUAUUGAUAUUGUUGUUAACUUGUUACUGCUCUGAAAGUUUAAUGGAUACUGUUUGUGAUCUGCUGUAUUUCUUAACCAUCUUAUGAAAGCUGUUCCUGCUUUUUGUUUAUAUUUAAAUAUGUGUCAGAGCACAUAAUCAAAUACUUCAUGACUAAAAGGCAACAAGGAUGUUGUUGAUCAUGUUGUUAACUUUACAAAGUUCUGAAGAAUCAGCCCAUUAUUAUAUUGUCAUGAGUGAUGAAAUUCUGAGCUUUUGUUAGUCAUAUUAUGUAAUGACAUGACAUGUAAGGGUAUGUGAAGGUUUGUGGUAAAAAGAUGUGAGGUAAAUAUUGGAAGAUAUAAAUAACUUGUAAUGACACAAUUAGUAUUUGCAUGAUUUGGAUACAUACAUUUUAAUAUAAAUUAAUGAUGUUUAAAUAUCUCUAAGUCUAUAUUACCAUUUGUAAUGGUGGUUGUUUGUUAUUUUUGCUAAAAAUGAAUAAAUAUGUAGAAACUUCA